AGCGGGCGCGCUUUUAGACAUCUGCAUGAAAGCUGCGAACAUUUGAUCUGAGCUUCUUGUAGGCUUUCAUCCAAACAUCUUUCCUUCUACACCACCGGCAAUAAGAUCUGAUGGACACAGAACAAAAAAUAAACACUUGACCUGAAAAAAUAAAGACAAAACGCUAAUCCCCUUCUACUGUCACUGGAGUAAAGAAACUCAUCUAACAGACAUUACAAAUGUGAACAUUAGCAUUAAAUAGGAGAGCAUCACCAAUUCAGAAGACCUACAAAGUGGAAUUAACAAAGGGACGCUGUUUAUCAGAGGACAUUUGAGCGUUUACAGUCAUGUCUCCGUUUUUGAGGAUUGGUUUCUCCAGUUUUGAGAUGGACCCAGGACUUGCCUAUCAUGAAGAAGUGCUCAAUCCAUACUGUGCCGUCUAUAUGAAAGAGGCUGUGGAGACUGAAAAAGGUCAAGUGUACAAACAGAAGCGGCCCACCAUGUAUCCCCCGUGGAGCAGCACUUUUGACGCUCACGUCCACAAAGGACGAGUGAUGCAUGUGGUGGUCAAGGACAAGACAGCUGAGCUAAAGACGGAGGCUACAGUCCAGCUCGACACCCUCGCUUCACGCUGCAAGAAAGAGAACGGCAAACUGGAGAUAUGGGUGGAACUGAAGCCACAGGGUCGUUUACUGAUGGAAGCGCGGUAUUUUCUGGAAAGAAGUGAUGCUGCAGGUCAUGGUGAAGGAGAUGGAGAAACUGAACGGGAAAAAGAAGGGGUGUUUGCCCUUCAUCACAGACGAGGAGCUAUUAAACAGGCUAAAGUUCAUGUGGUCAAAUGCCACGAGUUUACAGCCACCUUUUUUCCUCAGCCGACCUUCUGUUCAGUCUGCAAGGAGUUUGUCUGGGGCCUGAACAAACAGGGAUACCAGUGUCGACAAUGCAAUGCCGCCAUCCACAAAAAGUGUAUUGACAAAGUCAUUGCCAAAUGCACAGGCUCAGCCGUAAACAGUAAAGAAACUAUGAUCCACAAAGAACGCUUUAAGAUUGACAUGCCUCACAGGUUUAAAGUGUACAACUACAUGAGCCCUACAUUUUGUGAGCACUGUGGUACCUUAUUGUGGGGUCUUGCUCGACAGGGCCUUAAAUGUGAAGAGUGUGGCAUGAACGUUCACCAUAAAUGCCAGAAGAAAGUAGCAAACCUUUGUGGUGUCAAUCAGAAGCUAAUGGCAGAGGCCCUGGCUAUGAUUGAGAGCACUCAACAGCAAGCUCGGAGCUCUAGGGAUACUGAGACUGCUGGUCGAGAGGGUCCAGUCAGCGCAGAUCAGCCAGGGGUCAUUAGAGAGCCUUCAGGACGCUUACCCAUUUCACCCCUGACGCCUGCACCACCUCUACCACGUAAAGAGCAUCAAGGUAUUUCAUGGGACACUCCGGCUGACGGACGCAGGCCGAGUCUUGAAGAGCCUGAGCCCCUGUACGCCAGCCCACGCAAAGAGCACCACAAAUUCACCAUAGACAGUUUCAUCCUGCAUAAGAUGCUGGGCAAAGGAAGCUUUGGAAAGGUUUUUCUGGCCGAGCUGAAAGGCUCAGGGCAGUUUUUUGCUGUGAAGGCAUUAAAGAAAGAUGUGGUUCUGAUGGACGAUGAUGUUGAAUGCACUAUGGUGGAGAGGAGAGUGUUAUCUCUAGCCUGGGAACAUCCUUUCCUCACACACCUCUACUGUACCUUCCAGACCAAGGAAAAUCUUUUCUUUGUGAUGGAGUACUUAAACGGAGGCGACUUAAUGUUCCACAUCCAGACCUGUCACAGAUUUGACCUCCCACGAUCCACGUUCUAUGCAGCAGAGAUCAUCUGUGGACUGCAGUUUCUACACUCCAAAGGCAUUGUGUACAGAGAUCUUAAGCUGGAUAACAUUUUGCUAGACACUGAUGGCCACAUCAAGAUCGCAGAUUUUGGCAUGUGCAAAGAGAACAUGAUUGGAGAAGCCAGAACAUGUACCUUCUGUGGAACACCAGACUACAUUGCCCCUGAGAUCCUGCUUGGUCAGAAAUAUGGGACAUCUGUAGACUGGUGGUCAUUUGGCGUUCUACUUUAUGAGAUGCUGAUUGGCCAGUCUCCAUUUCAUGGGCACGAUGAAGAAGAGCUGUUUCAGUCGAUUCGCACUGACGACCCUUGUUACCCACGCUGGUUAACUAGAGACGCACGAGACAUUCUUGUGAAGCUGUUUGUCCGGGAGCCGGAGCGAAGGCUGGGUGUGAAAGGGAAUAUACGGCAACAUCUCUUCUUUAGAGAAAUAGACUGGAGCGCGCUGGAGAAACGACAAGUGGAGCCACCCUUCAGGCCCACUGUGAAAUCAGCCAAUGACUGCAGUAACUUCGAUAAGGAGUUCAUAAAUGAGAAGCCUAGACUCUCCGUCACAGAUCGUAUGAUGAUCAACAGCAUGGAUCAGAGCAUGUUUGAAAACUUCUCCUUCAUAAACCCUAUCAUGACCCGUCUCAAGAGCCCCUGAUUCACUAACUAACAUUCAUAAAAGACAUUCGUGCAAACACUGUGAAUAGUCCAAAACAAAAAGCAAACACUCAUACUGCACCGUACUGAACAUUAUAUACCAGCCUAGUUACUGUAACCUCACUUCAUGCUAUAGGCAGUGAACAAAAUACCUAAAAUAAAAUGUAUACUGUUUGACUUCUUAUUUGGUGCCUCAGCCUUUUAUAUUAAAAAUAAAAAAGUAUAUAUUUGGUUAUUGUGAUUAAACAGGCCCGUAGCCAGUAUUUGUUUUAUACAUCAGAACAUUUGUCCCAUAAUGAAUGUCAUCAUAAGUUAUCAAAAUAACCCAUCAAAAAAGCUUUAAGACCAUGCAUGCAGAAUCUGAUGCAAGUCAAUUCUCACUGUAUUGUUGUUAUAGAGAAAACAUUUUAUAAGAAAGUUCUAAAUUUAUAAGAAUAGUUCUAAAUAAAUAUUAUUCUAAAUCUUAUUCUUGAAAGACAAAAUGACCAAUAAAAGGUUGUAAAGCACCAAAAGUGGCCCAUACUAAUACGUAUUAGGCUCGAAAAAGAUAGAAAAAAGCAUGAAGCUCUACAUUAUUAAGUUUGUUUAUUUUUUUAUUAUUCAAAUGGCCAAAUUCUGAGACUGAGGAAAGUUGAUAUAUAUAUAUAUAGUUUUUGCGUUCCCUUGCAAAGAUGUUUUGCGUUAUCUAGCAAAGAUGUUUUGUCCACAAACUCUUGCUGUUCAUUGCAUACAUGUCAACCCUGUAAUAUCUCAGCACUUUAUCACGUCCUCCAACCCACCAGGGGGCGCAGAUAUUGCCCUAUACUCCUCAACAUUAGAUGGCGGUAGUGACUCUUGUUCCUCUAAACUCCCCUGUAAUCAGCCUAAUCACCACCACCUGUUCUUUGCUAUAUAUAAGACUGCUUUAUAUCCUACUCUGUGUUCAGUCCUGAACUCUAUCUCUUGCUGCCUCGUCCAGAGUCCAGUUAAGUUAUUCUCAAGCUUUUUUGCUUGCUAGAUUCCUGUUUGAUUGUUCUGAGACCCUCGUGUCUGUUUUAGGAAGCUUGGCUUUCUUAUUUUUGUUGUACUUUUUUAAACCCUAGCUGUAGAGAGAUAUAAUGUCUCUCCUUUUUGUAAAGUUCUCCUCUCUAUUUUUUUUUUCGGAAUUCAUACGUUGUGGACUACCUUUGUUGCUCCUCUGCUCUUGGGCCACCAGUUGUUGACUUACCUCAUGUAGUUAGAACUACUGCUAACCACACUGUAGACCCGGGUUCGAUCCCUACUCAGAUCAUUGCAGCAGGUAACCAAGGAAACCCGCCCAGCAGAGGAGGCUGCACCAGUCUCAAAUGUGGAUCGCAUUCUUGCUGCACUUUCCGAACAAGCCACCACUAUUCAGCAGCAUGAUCAAACUUUAUCAGAAAUCCUUUGCCUCUUGAAUCCCCACUCUCAGACCACAAUGGCCCAGGUUGUUAGUCGACAGUCAGUCCCCUUGUCAACACCUGAGCCCAAGUUGCCCCCUCCCCAGCGCUUUGAUGGCAGUUUCGAGAACUGCAGGGGAUUCCUUACUCAGUGCACUCUGAUCUUUUAACUACAACCCAGUUGUUUUCCAACUGACUGCAGUAAGGUGACGUAUAUAAUCAUACUCCUCACAGGCAAGGCCCUGGAUUGGGCCUCAGCA